UACUCAAAGUGUUUGGAGGUUUGUCGAGACAAUGGCCACAAGAAUAUCGAUGUGUUGUCCGAAUACGAGAAGAAGGCGUCCAUUGAAGCGAAAAUAGCGGAGAGAAAUGAAAGGAAAAACAAAACCCAAAGACUUAAACAAAAGCGAACCGAAGAGAAGAUUUUAAGUGUUGUUAACUCGAGAGGCAUUAAAUUGAAGAGUUCUUUGUUUGAGUCAAUACAUCCGGCGGCCCAUGGAAAGCAUGUGACCCUCGAUGAGUCUGGAGGUCUGGUUUGGCCCGUUUUGUUCAUAUAUCCCGAAUACGGACAGUCAGACUUCAUUGAGAAGUUUGCAGAAAACGAUACUUUUUUGCAACACUUGAAUGUCAUGUUUGAAGAGUUUGCCGAAUGGGACGCAAAACACAAAUAUAGACCAAACGAUAUAAUAGCGUGCAUUAAACCAAUCGAGAGGUCGAAAGAGAAGAAGAAUGUGAAGACAAAAGUGGAGAUAUCUUUGGGCGACUGUUUGGCGUGCAGUGGAUGUAUCACUUCGGCGGAAACGGUGCUCAUUGAACAGCAGUCACACGAAGAAGUUUAUAAAAUUAUUGAUUUCAAUAAAAAUAACCCGGCAAAGAAGCGCCCGAUUGUGAUGUCGAUGUCGUUGCAAAGCAUCGCAUCGAUUGCCGCUAAAAACCAAUUAGAGAUGGAAAGCGCCGCUCAAAAGAUCUCCACAUUCUUCCACAAUAUAGGAGUGGACUAUGUUUUUGACACAAGUCUUGCCGAACACUUCUCUCUGAUUGAGUCACAGAAGGAGUUUAUGGAGCGCUUCGACAAAAGCCAAUUUCCUGUGCUCUCCUCUGUUUGUCCCGGAUUUGUCUGCUAUGCCGAGAAAACGCAUGGAGAGCUCAUUGUGCCGCUCCUCAGUCGAGUCAAGUCCGGCCAACAGAUUAUGGGAAUUCUCGUCAAACGCUUUCUUAAGGAAAAACAGAUGGACACCAAUAAUGCAUUUCACGUGACUCUUAUGCCCUGUUAUGAUAAGAAACUGGAGGCCACGAGAAGUGAUUCAGAAUUCUGUGAACUCAGUGACCAUCACGUGAAAGAAGUGGACGUCGUUUUGACUCCCAUUGAGAUCGACGUAAUGCUCAGCAAAGAGAAUGUCAUUCUUUCUGAACUAAGCGACAGCCCCUUGGAUUCAAUCACUGGUGACUCGAGUGGCGGUCAUUUGAGUUCACAUUUGGGUUCAGGCUCUGGAGGUUAUGUGGAAAACGUAUUCCGAUUUAUGGCCGCAAAGUAUUUCGAUAGUUAUUACGAAAGUGGACAACAAUUGGAUUAUAAAGUGUUGCGAAAUAAAGACUUCAUUGAAUUAGCUCUUGAGGACGAGUCCGGAAAUAAAUUGUUGUCAUUUGCUGUUAUUAAUGGCUUUCGAAAUAUACAGACAUUAGUCCAAAGGAUUAAACGCAAGACCUGUCACUAUCAAUACGCCGAAGUGAUGGCCUGUCCAUCCGGUUGUCUCAAUGGCGGCGCUCAGCUAAGGCCAGACUCAGUGGAUGACCCGAUACUUGAAAGGGUAGAGAAGUUGUUCAAAUCAAUUCCCAUCACAUCUCUUCCAGUCGAUUGUCACCACAAACUUACUAUUGAUUUAUACGACAAAUACUUUCCAAACGAAGAUAACGCCAGACUUUACGCCGUUUUUAAAGCCGUUCCCAAGACUAAGAACUUAAUUAAUGUGAACUGG